AGUGAAAGAGACCUUCCCGCUCCCACAUGUGCCCGGGUGCCCCUCCUUCAAAGCAGAAGGCGGAGAGGGAAAGGGGCCGCCUCUCUCCUCCUCCUCCAGAGCGCAUCACUUACGAAGUCUCAGUGAACCAGCGGAACAUAGAAGCCAUCUGCCUCUGCUGCGGGAGUUUCCAGGUGCACAUACGGCAUCCCCUGUUCGAAGGAGGAAUGUGUGCCCCCUGCAAGGACAAGUUCCUGGGCGCCCUGUUCCUUUAUGAUGAGGAUGGGUACCAGUCCUGCUGCUCCAUCUGUGCCUCGGGGAGUGUUCUGCUCAUCUGCGAGAACCCCCAGUGCACAAGGUGCUACUGCUUCGAGUGCCUGGACGUGUUGGUGGGCCCCGGGACCUCAGACAAGGUGCACAGCAUGUCCAGCUGGGUGUGCUUCCUGUGCCUGCCCUUCCCAUGCAGCGGGCUGCUGCGGCGGCGGCCCAAGUGGCGCGGCCAGCUGAAGGCCUUCCACGACCUCGAGGCGGGAAGUCCCCUGGAGAUGUACAAAACAGUGCCUGUGUGGAAGAGACAGCCGAUGCGGGUGCUAUCCCUGUUUGGGGACAUUAAGCAAGAGCUGAUGAGUUUGGGCUUUUUGGAAGCUGGGUCCCAGGCAGGAAGGCUGCGGCACUUGGAGGAUGUCACAGAUGUCGUGCGGAGAGACGUGGAGGAGUGGGGCCCAUUUGACCUGGUGUACGGCUCAACACCCACUCUGGGCCACGCCUGUGACCGUUCUCCCGCUUGGUUCCUGUUCCAGUUCCACCGGCUGCUGCAGUACUCGAGGCCCCCGCCUGGCAGCCCUCAGCCUUUCUUCUGGAUGUUUGUGGACCACCUGCUGCUGACCAGUGAUGACCAGGCCAUUGCCACCCGCUUCCUUGAGAUAGAGCCGGCCACCCUCCAGGAUGUCCAUGGCCGGGUCCUGCAGGGCGCUGCCAGAGUGUGGAGCAACAUCCCCGCCGUGAGGAGCAGGCACUCGGCCCUGGCCCCUGAGGAGGAAGUGUCCCUGCUGGCCCAAGGCGCCCAGACCACAGCGCUCAGCCCCCACAGCCCCGCCUCACUCGUGAAGAACUGCUUUCUCCCGCUGCGAGAGUAUUUCUCAUACUUUUCUCAGAACUCACUUCCUCUUUAUAAGUGAGCUGCUUCACCAUGGAAAAAGAGAGACUUUUUUCUUUUCCUUUUUUUUUUAAGACUUCCUAGAACAAUGGAAACUGCCUGCAGAUGGUCAUCUGUCCUCUGCAGUCUUAUCUUCUCCCAUGUUUGGCUUUGGGUCUUUCUCGGGAGUGCAGAACGCCCCAUUCUGGGGUUCCUGCGCAGGGCCCCACCCUCACUUCUCAGAACCCGCAGGGGUUGUGCUCCCAGGAGGGCUUCUGUGUUCCCA